GGUGGUCGCUGGGAGCUCGGUGCCCCGGUUGGAAUCUAUCGACAUCUUGUUCCCCCUCCUGCCCCGCCCCCUUCGGGGGCCUCUUAUCCCCAAUCCUCGUGUGCACUUGUUAAUUGUUCGAGACUUUUGUAAAGAUAUAAGGCUGAGAAGAGCGAGGCCUGCUGUGAGGCCUUCUGUCUGGUGGAAGGAGGGCCACGGAGGAGCACCCUGCUUGUCGCUUGGGAAGGGAACGUGCUUCUCACAGCCUGUGGAGACUGAGGCUAUGCAUCUCAGCAGCUCCAAGAGUGGAGUAGCCCUGGCUCCAGUGUCCCGAGGUCCUGAUGCCUGUCAGAUGAUAACCAGAGCCCAGCUGGGUCAGGAUCCCCCACAAAGAACAGUGCUAGGGGUGCUAACUGAGAAUGGACAAUACAGGAGGACCUGUGGCCAGGGGAACACAACACUCAGGUGUUUCUCUGGAUCAGAAAAUGUCUUCCCUGAAGCCGGAAAGAAAGCUCUGUCUGACUGCGGUGUCCCCAUGCCAGCCAAGCAAGGAUUUGAUAUCUACAUGGAUGAGCCUGAGCCAGAGGACACAAACAGCUACACAGGAAGAGCAGGGAUGGCAUUUGAGGAUGUGUAUGAAGUAGAUGCUGGCACACUCAAGUCAGACCUUCACUUCCUGCUGGAUUUUAACACAGUUUCCCCUAUGCUGGUAGAUUCAUCUGUCCAUUCCCCAUCUGAAGAAGCAUCCAAUUCUGCUACAGACGUGAUAAAUGUGACUGAAUAUGCCGAAGAAAUUCACCAGUACCUUAGAGAAGCUGAAAUGAAAUACAGGCCCAAAGUACACUACAUGAGGAAACAACCAGACAUCACAGAAGGCAUGCGAACGAUUCUGGUGGACUGGCUGGUUGAGGUCGGAGAAGAAUAUAAACUUCGAGCCGAGACUCUCUAUCUGGCUGUCAACUUCCUGGACAGGUUUCUUUCGUGCAUGUCUGUUCUAAGAGGGAAACUGCAGCUUGUAGGGACAGCAGCUAUUUUUCUGGCUUCCAGCCAGUUCAAUAUCAUGACUAAGGAAGCCAUCAGUUCAAACUCAAGAUGCAAUUUAACAAUUAGUGGGAUNUGCGUCCGAACUGAGAACCUGGCCAAGUACGUAGCAGAGCUGAGUCUACUUGAAGCUGACCCAUUUUUGAAAUAUCUUCCUUCAUUGAUAGCUGCAGCAGCUUACUGCCUGGCAAACUAUACUGUGAACAGGCUCUUCUGGAAACUUCCAGACAUUGACAGCUGUAACAGUGAUAAAUGUGGGCCAAAGCAGAAAAGGUUGAAUGCUGUGCUCAAGUGCUGCCUUUUAAUGGUCAUUUCAUUUCAGCUCAGGAUGUGGAAGCUGCUUAAGGACCCUGCUCGCAUCUCCUCCUUCCGUGUCUAG